ACUAGCGGGCGCUGCCACUGGACUCCAUUUGUUUACGGCUCGGCUCAGACCUCGCUGCAGGUAGGGGGGAGUGGAGAUGAAAGAGGAGGUGAAGAAGGUGAUUCCACCUAGUGCCUCCAAGCCAGAGCCCUCACCCUUCGUCGCUUAGUUUCCAUUUCCUAGCGGCUCGGCUCUCUGGUCCGGGUAACGCAGGUUUCGAUUCCUAGCGCGGCCAGGGCGGGGCCGAGAGACGCCCAUGGCCUUCGCCUGCCGCGGGCGCGCUCAGUCGCUGCGGGGCCAGCUCUCCAGGCUGCUGCGCGGGGCCUGCGCUCGGGUCAUGGCGCCGCCGCGCCGCUUUGCGUUGGAGCUUCCGGGCUGCACUCUGGCUCAUUUCGCCUUCGGCGGUGACUCUGUUGACAGCGACCGGGAAGCCCCGGCUGCGCGCCGUGACUCUCGCGUGGCUGAGCUCCUGGGUCCCCCGGGCCGCAGCUACUCCCUGUGCGUGCCGGUGGCGCCGGACGCGGGCUGCGCCGCCCGAGUGCAGGCGGCCAGGAUGCACCAGCGCCUGCUCCGCCAGCUGCGCCUUGGCCCCCUCCAGCAGUGCCAGCUGCGCAGGCUGCUGUGCUACUGCCGGGACGGCGGGGCGGGCGGCGUGCAGCACGGCGUCCUGCUCCACGACCCCCGCGACAGCCCCGACACUCGGCGCGCCCUGCUGGCGCUGCUGGACGCCUGCCAGGAGGCCCCCAGCCCGCGUCUGGGAGAGUUCGUGGGCGAUCAGAGCCUCCAGGUGUGGCAACACCUGUGGGAACUGCAGGAUGGCCAGGGGUGGCAGCUGGCAGUUGGGCAGCGCGUCUUGUCGGCUCCGGAGCCCGAGCUGCACCCCGUGGUGCCCGACUUGCCACGUUCUGCUGUUUUCCCCAGCCGCGAAGCCGCCCGUGCAGUUUUGGAGACGUGCACAUCCUUUAUUCCUGAAGCCCAAGCAGUGCUUGACCUACUUGACCAGUGCCCAGAACAGAUCCAGAAAGGAAAGUUCCCAGUCAUUGUCAUUGAAGGACUGGAUGCCACAGGUAAAACCACCUUGACCCAGUCAGUUGCCAAUUCACUCAAGGCUGUCCUCUUAAAGUCACCACCUGCUUGCAUUGGUCAGUGGAGGAAAAUCUUUGAUGAUGAGCCAACUAUCAUUAAAAGAGCUUUUUACUCUUUGGGCAAUUAUAUUGUGGCUUCUGAAAUAGCUAAAGCAUCUGCCACAUCACCUGUGAUUGUAGACAGGUACUGGCAUAGCACGGCCACUUAUGCCAUUGCCACCGAGGUGAGUGGAAGUGUCCAGCAUCUGCCCCCAGUCCAUCAUCCUAUAUACCAGUGGCCACAGGAUCUGCUCAAACCUGACCUGGUGCUGCUGCUCACUGUGAAUCCUGAGGAGAGGAUGCAGAGGCUUGCAGGCCGUGGCAUGGAGAAGACCAAAGAGGAAGCUGAACUGGAGACUAACAGUGUCUUUCGUCAAAAGGUAGAAGUAGCUUACCAGAGGAUGGAAAACCCUGCAUGCCAUGUGGUUGAUGCCAGCCCUGCAAGAGAGAAGGUUCUCCAGAUGGUUUUAAGCAUAAUCCAAAAUAAGUGUAAUUAAUUGUAGUUCCUCCAUCCAGGUGACAUAUUUUGCUAGAUUUGAUCUUGCUCCACACAGUUUCACAUCUAUAUUGGCUGUGAAGUUUGCCCAGCAUCGUGUAUUGUGUAACAGAAAAUUGGAGACCAGAUAUUUCAGUUUUGCCUGUAUCACUGUACUCUGACUGAUGGACCCAUCAAUGUUGAAUUCAUGUUCCAGACGGACUGAGGACCACUUUCUAUCCAGAUUAAUGCACCUUUACUUUGAAUAUCAAUUUGGUUGCACUCCUUUAAAAUAUCUCCAAAGUGUUUCUAUCAAUAGAAGUAACUGGAAUGAUAUUUCCAAUCAAGGGAAGUCCUCUAUAGACUUUUUUAGGCUUGUACCUGGCUCACACAUUCAGCCUUGUUAUGGCCAGAGUUGACAUUUUGAUCCAGUGGAUACACUCCAUAAUUUUGAGCUCUGUCCCAAGUCCCAGAACAAAGAGUUCUUGUAGAAUCUAUUUUUAUAUUCUGACUUUCCCUAGGACAUUUCCUCAGUCAGGGAUACUUGCAAGGAAAGCAUCUGACUUGUAUGUGUGGCUCAUAGCCCCUCAGAUGGUUGGUUCUCUUGGUUAAUAUUUCAGACUCAGAUAUAGUGGCAGCCCAAGAUACUCUUAAUGCAAAUACACCAAACAUUCCUUAAGUUGUAUUCUGCUUUAUUUAUAUUAUUUCACUUUUCUUUGAAAAUAUGAACUUGAAUAUUAUGAAUGUUUUGUGCUGAAGUAGAUAUACUUAGCCGAUUCAACCAUUCACUGGUAUUAAUGUUUAUUCUUCCUCAGUGUAUUUUUUUUUUUUUUUUACUAAUUGAAGCAGAAACUGAGAAGUUAAAUGUGAUGUAUGUUGUGUGUAGAGAUUUGUUUAUCUUGAUAAAUAAGCACAGUGGAUCCUGGAAUUAUCUUGCACUUGAAUUUGUUAUGAAUAUUCAAAGCAGUUUUGAACUUGAAAAUAACUUUGUAAUUUGUUUGGCUAGAAAAAAUAGCUGAGAAAUUAAACUAAAUCACUCUGUG